UGAGAUUUGAAGGAUAAGCACCUAACGUAGACAAUGGAUGAGGAGAGAAAAUUUGACCAUGAUUUCCAGGGCGACGAGAGGUCGUUUUUUGAUUCACAAAUGCAUGGAGCAUUUCACAGUCAUUUCAUUGAGUCUGUUCGGCCUUUGAUUGAGUUGAUCGACUCUCUGAGGUUGAUCGGCCUUGAUGAAGAUAUUGGUUUACCAUCCAUUGCAGUGGUGGGAGAUCAGAGUUCUGGAAAGAGCUCUGUUUUGGAGGCACUUUCUGGAGUAGCUCUACCUCGAGGAAGUGGUAUUGUUACCCGCUGUCCUCUAGAGCUGAAAUUGCAGAAGCUCAAAAAUGGACCAUGGUCAGUCAUUUGUUAUAAUGGUCACAGAGAGACCUUUAAUGACCCAUUAAAAGUGGAUAAGCUUGUUAGAGAAGCUCAAAACAAGCUUGCUGGAAAUACGGUUGGAAUCUGUGAUGAACUCAUCACUUUAGAGAUUUCAUCUCCUGAUGUUUGUGACCUCACUUUGAUUGAUCUACCUGGUAUAACCCGUGUACCUGUGCAAGAUCAACCUGAAGACAUUGGAGAUCAGAUCAAAUCCUUGAUACUGAAUUAUGUUGCAAAAAGUGAAACCAUUAUUUUAGUCGUUGUACCCUGCAAUAUUGACAUAGCAACGACAGAAGCACUAAGAAUGGCACAAAAAGUAGACCCAGAAGGACUCCGAACUCUAGCAAUUCUCACAAAACCAGAUUUAAUUGACAGAGGAGCUGAGAUUGAUGUUUUGAACAUUGUCCAGGGCAAAGUCAUUCCUCUCAGCAAGGGCUACAUUAUUGUGCGAUGUCGUGGUCAGAGUGACAUCAAUGACAGAACUCCUUUUGAUAAAGCCAUGGAGGCUGAACUGACAUUCUUUAGGAAUCACCAUUAUUUCAGUUCACUACUGGAUGAGGGUAAAGCUUCUAUUCAAUGCCUGGCUGCCAAGCUAACCAAAGAACUGGCCGAUCACAUCAAGAAAUCACUUCCAUCCUUGACUGAGCAAAUUCAGAAUAGGCUACUCAGUGUGCAACGAGACCUUAAAAACUUUGAGCAGGGUCCACCUCUGGAAGAAGAGAGGAUGGGACCUUUUCUAAGUGAGAUUAUAUUGGAGUUCAGUGAUCAAAUAAGUGAACUGAGUAGAACAGGACAUUCAAAAGACAAAAACAUUUACACAAGCCUACGUCCUGUAUUUAAGAAAUGGGACAACCACCUAAGAAGCACUGAAGUAUCAUUCAAAGAAAGAGUGACAGAAAUGAUAGAAAAGUAUAAUGAGAUCCAUCGUGGCAGAGAACUGCUGACCCACAGUGAGUACUGUGAAUAUGAAUGUGUCAUCCAGAACCAUGUGGCAGCCCUUCAGGAGCCAGCUAUGGAAACACUGAAAGAUGUACGAGAAAUUGUUCAGAAUAAGUUCAGGGAGGUAUGUCAUUUGUCUUUUGACCAGUACCCUCCAAUGAGAUACGCUAUAUCUAACAUGAUCAGUGACAUUCAGACAAAACAAGAGGCCAAAGCAGAGAAACGAAUUAAAGAGUUCAUUGAUAUGGAGAAACUGGUCUUUACUCAGGACAGAGUGUUUCAACAGAAACUCAAUGACUCCGACAUCCCUCAGAAGACUGGAAUAGAAACGAGUGACAAGAUUCACUACGAUGAAGACACGAUAUUUAAUUCCAAAGGCUGUGCAUUGUUGGAUACCAGAAAUCUUGUACCCGAGAAACUGGUUCGCUAUUACGAAAUUGUCUAUCAGCGCCUCACAGACUAUGUGCCCAUGCUGAUAACCCUCUUCAUGCUGAAGGUUGCCGCUAAGACACUGAGACAUCAAAUGCUGGAAAUGAGGAACGGGGCAGAUGUGGUCAAACUGCUGAGUGAGGACUCCGAGCGAGGACGUAUGAGAACGGAUUUAAAGCAGCGUCUGGAGCGCCUCACACAAGCUCAAGACCUGAUAAGCAACAGAAUCUGAGACCGCUUUACUUUAUAAACAGUCAGGGAUAGAAAUAUAGAAUCAGAAAAUGAUCAGAAAGCUUUUUAAUGCGGUGUGGAUGUAGCAAAGUGGAUAAUAAAAUGUGUAUUUUCACCUAAUUAGUAAAUAACAAUGCAGAUUAUUAGUCUUAUUCUUAUUAACUGUAAAAAUGUCGAGUAUCUUUUUUUUUGUCUUUCUUUCUUAAAAAGUCUAUUAAAAGUCUUUUUCUUAAAAA